AUGACAAAAGUGGCAUUUACAACAGACGUCAAAGGCGUCGUUAGCGAUGAUGACGAUGAGGACUACGAGAACGAUGAUGUUGAGGAGGAGCCGGCCAAGAUCCCCAACCACGAUGAGGUGCUCUUCGCCUUUGAGAGCAUCACGAAUGAGGCUCGCAAUAAGAAGCUGAACUUGGGUAAGAGAGAGAGUCGCGAGAGCUUCUUACAAAAGUAUGGGCAUUUUCUCUCCAGAUCGACAAAAGACUCAAAUCAGACACUCCUCCAUAUGAUUGCCAACACAGUGGGACACAAAUCUUUGACUCGAUGUGUUAUCAAAUUCGACAAGACUUUGCUAAACCGCGUGGACGACUCAAGCAAGACUCCUCUGCAUAUCGCUAUCGCCAAAAAGAACCAUGCGUUUAUCGAAGUGGUCCUGGAUGAGAAGAAGGCGAUCGAUGACCUUGAUUCACUGCUCCGCAUUACUUGUGAGCACAGGAGGAACUGUAUUCACACAGCGAUCUAUCACAACCUCCAACCUCAGUAUACCACAAAAUUGGUUAAACGAUCAUCGGAAGAGACACUAAAGGCCCAAGAUCAAAGUGGCUUGACCCCUCUUCAUUUGGCUGUCGAUUAUAAGUAUGCAUCAGAAGGACAGUUGAGGAUUGUCGAGGCACUUCUUGCUCAUGGGGGCAGUGCUUUGGAUGAGUAUACCAAAGAGCCUCAAAACCUAUCCGUCUAUGAAUAUCAAGACUAUACACAGCGUCUCUGGCGGAAACAAUUCGAUGUACCACUUUCCGCUCGUGUCGGGGAAAGAAAGCAGGACGAAUCAAGGGACGAGCCACAAGGCCAAGAGAGCGAACACGCCGGAACAAGGACCAAAGGGGGGCUGGAGCAUGUUGGUGGGAGAAACCGCAUCUCUCAGCAAGGCAAAGACGGCCACGGAGGGCUACAUCGAACGCCUGAUAACCCCCAUGCACCAAGAUCAGAGCAGACAGAACCUCGCACUUCUAGUGAAAGUGUGCGCCAUGCAGCCGUGAACAGAAAUUCACCUAUCGAAGCACCUGAGGGCUUCAAGCCUUUACAGAGACGACAAACGAAUAUGGAUGACCAACUUGUGAAGCAGGCCCAAGAAGAGAAACGCAAGAGCGAAUACGCAGAAAAGAUCCGCCAGGCGGUCAAACUACACUAUCUUCGGACUACUCUGACGAUUAAUUCGAAGCCUGCUAGUAGGGACCAGCUCAAAGCGGUCAAGUUUCUACAUGGCGCGAAUCUAAACAACAUUAACCUGUGCUUCGACUACUCUGAGGCACCGCCGGAGAUCUAUGAGGAUUCCUUCAAGCAAAGUUAUGACCACAUCAACUUUGAUCAAGUUCUGCGCUACGUUUCAUUCCGAAGGAUCGAGCUCCAGAAACCUCCAGUAUCGGUUGUAAAAGCGAGGCUAACAAGGAACCGAGGGCAGACGUCAAAUCAGGGGCGCGGUAGGGAUGACUUGACUGUUUUCUUCAACUGGCUCAAGGGGAAGGGAGUCAAGCAUAUCCUCAAAGUGAUGGUGGAUGACCUGAGAGAUCCAUCGCAUAGCGACAAGGCCCUCGAGGAUUGCCUACGACCUUUCGAGGUGGAGAUUCUCGACUGGACGAAAGUCGACUUGUGUCCGGAGACUAUCUUGACCGCUUGCCGAAAUGUCAGGCAGCUCUAUUUGCGAUGGAGCGGUAAUAGAGCAGUCCUACGGGCAUGGAGUGAGCCUGAAGGGCUAGCGAAGUUGGAAAACCUAGAGGCAGUACAUCUGGUAUACAGCGAAGAUCAGGCGUUGGAGUCGGCAGAUCGCAUCACCAUGUACGUGAAUCAUUUCGAGGAGCGACUGAACGAGUCAGCAGCCGCAAACCCAAAAGAGAGUGUUUCAACAGAUGGAGACGAUGCUGAACAAGCAAGACGUAUACUCGUCUUCAGGUGCAAGGCAGACGUCCCAGGAAGUGAACGCAUCGUCCGAGAGGGCGCGUCAAAGGCUCAAAGCGGCAUCAACGAGAUGAGUCUACAGUCUAACAGAUGGUUAAACUGUAUGGACAAAUUCGCCGACGAACUACAAAACACUUGCUCCGAAUUUGUCAAGCCUCAGAAUGGCAUCAAGGUCGCCCUUAUCGACGAUGGUGCUGACCCAUAUGUUGAGUCUCUUCGGGGUAAGAUCUGGGGCGGAGAGACGUUUAGCAGAGGUUUCCCGCAUGAGAAUGGCCCAAGCCCUUACUAUAGGUCUACCAAGGGCCAUGGAACUGUGAUGGCGGAUAUGAUUUGCAGGCUUGAGACGCAGACGAGUCUCAACUUGGCGACACAGACUCAAGGUAAGGAGUACAUUGCGGCAGAAAGCGCGGCUUUGGCUGUGAGAGCGGCGAUAGACCAGAAGGUAGAUAUCAUCUCAAUGUCCUGGACGGUCAAAGAAACAGUCGAGAAUCGCGAUGGCGUAAACACUUUCCGCCAAGCCAUAAAGGACGCCCUUGACGCUGGAAUACUCCUCUUCUGCGCCGCAGCCGACACUGGCGCCAUCACUGAAGUAGAGUACCCAUGGUCUUUCGACCGCCAGCGCAUCUUCCGCAUCGGCGCUGCCACUGCAGAUGGUCGUGUAUGGGGCCCAACAGGCAAUCCUCAGAAUUUGAGUUUCAUAUUACCCGGCCACAAGGUAGUGUCGCGAAAUCCGCACCGCGAGGGGGCGUUACCGGAUGACUUUGAGGAACGCACCGGUUCAUCCGUGGCUACGGCUUUGGCAGCUGGUCUAGCAGCACUCAUAUUGCAUUGCGUCAACCUUGCUGUUGUUCAUGGAAAGGAACAUCCGUCUACCACGGCUGUCAGCGCCGAAGACCUGGAGAGACUUGCGAAUCACGAUGAUAUGUACAAUGUGCUUCGUGGAAUAGGGUUGGAUGAGGGGCAGCAGCGGUUUAUUGAGGUGUGGCGACGGUUUGAUCGGCCAGCCAAGGAGCUUAAGGAGCCGAUGAGUGAUAAGAUGGAUGCACUUGGGAUUGUGGCCAGACUGGCUCGAGAUCUUGUUCCUAGUGGGAGUAGCUAG